AUGAUCAAGACUUCAGUUUUAAAGCUCUUCAGCAUCUACAACCUACUACUUCUUUCCAAAUUUGAUGCCUCCAUUUCACCUUCACCACUUGGAAUUACCGAUUUAGCUCACGAGUCCGCUGAAGGGAUUACCAACGCGCAUGAUGCUGGAGCUGUUGGAGCUACAAUAGAAGUUGCAGGUGAAAGGUCACCUCAUUCUCAACUUCGACCAUGUCACAGAAGCCUGGCAGGUUGCUUUCCUGGCUUCCUUAGAGAACCCACGACGAGCGCAGGGACUCGAGCUGGCAUCAGAGGAGGCGAGACCGCUGAAGUAACUAGAGGCGCAGAAACUCUCGCAAGACCCAGAGCUUGGAGCUUUUCAAUUGCAUCGCAGUUUCGUCGAGUUCAGUCCAAAGUGCUCUUUGCUUUUUUCCCUAGAACUAGGGAAAACUGGAAUCUGGUUCAUGCAACCUAUGAAGAAAUCCUUGCCAGUGCUAUCAGAUCGAAAUCUGGCUGGGGAGAUGAUGGAGCUUUGGCCGCCAACCUCGCUGAUCUAAGAACUGCUCGGAGGCAAUCAACAACUGGUCUUGGAUUGAAUUCAGACGUAAUAAAAUACAUCUUGAAGAUCGAGAUCCCAAAUCUACACCAAGGUCUCGUGAAGUCACUCGAUAAUGUCUUGAAGAAUCUUCUGCAAGAUGGCGGGGGAAGAGGAGGAGCUAGCGCCAAUGUGGGAUCUAAACGCCUCUCAAUGUGGACCAUUGCAUCAACCAACGAGGCCAGGGAUGGAUCCGAAGUAAGAUUCAGAUCGCAACCUUCCCAAUCUGGCUUGCCAAUCGCUCAAGAUUCUCAAUGUGGAGGCGGAGGUGGAAAAGCGUCAAGACUAGACAAAGCCAGGGAGCUUUUCACAAGUCUCAAUUUGCAUCUUUAUCUUGUGUUAUCUCAACAACUUUCGAGCUCGGCUUUUAAUACUGGUGGUGGCUGUGAAGAAUUUUCAUCAUCGGUCAUCUUUCAUAGUCCAACACCCAUCAUGCCUUCAUUACAACCUACCCCACAACGUCCAAUUCGCGAACGCAGACCAGUUCUCACCCCAGGCAUGCAAUGGAUCAAUCUCCCAAUUCAACCAACCCAAGAAAAGAUCAAACACCGUCUUGCAAGAUACUGA